AUGUCCAGCAGCUGCCAUGUACGGACGCAUUUGAUGCUCAAAUGUGCCUGCCUCUUUCUCUCAUAUCCUCUGAAACUUCACGUUCCACAUACAAACUACAUUUCCCAAAUGGCUUUUUUCUCGGUAUCUGUAAUGGCUCUCUCUUUCUUGUAUUUACUGGUCUCAUCAGCCUUAUCAGUUCAUGCUGGCAUACCCACAACCCUUGAUGGACCCUUCACUCCUGUUACCGCCCCUCUUGACCAAAACUUCACCAGAAAUGUCACGGACUUGCCAAACACUGAUUCAUUGUUUCACGGGGUCAAUAAUGGGUUUGAACCAGAACAAGUCUCUGUUUCCCUUUCUGCCCACCAUGAUUCUGUCUGGAUUUCUUGGAUUACAGGAGAUUUUCAAAUAGGAGAGGACAUUAGACCACUAGAUCCAGAAUCAAUACAAAGUUUUGUUCGAUAUGGAUCUUACGGAGAGCGAAUGACUCAUAACACUACUGGUCAUUCCCUGGUUUAUAAUCAGCUUUAUCCUAUUGAAGGCCUCCAGAAUUACACUUCUGGCAUUAUACAUCAUGUUCGUCUAAGAGGGUUGAAACCCAACACACUAUACCAAUAUCAAUGUGGGGAUCCUUCUCUACCGCUAAUGAGCGAUAUCCAUUAUUUUAGGACUAUGCCAGUUUCAAGUCCCCGGAAUUAUCCUAGCAGAAUAGCAGUAGUGGGUGGCCUUGGUCUUACUUACAACACAACUUCAACCUUCAGUCACUUGAUGAGCACCCAUCCUGAUCUGAUUCUAUUGGUUGGUGGUGUAAGUUACGCUGAUUUGUAUUUCACUAAUGGAACUGCUUCCCAUUGUUACUCUUGUUCAUUUGUGCAACCUUCCAUCCGUGAAACAUAUCAACCUCGUUGGGAUUACUGGGGAAGGUUUAUGGAGCCUUUGGUGGCUAAUGUUCCAACAAUGGUGGUUGGAGGGGAUCAUGAGAUAGAACAACAAGCUGAAAAUCAAACAUUCAUUGCUUACGGCUCUCGAUUUGCAUUCCCAUCUGAAGAAAGUGGAUCAUCAUCCACAUUGUAUUACUCUUUCAAUGCCGGGGGAGUACAUUUUGUGAUUCUCAGCGCUUAUGUCCCCUAUGAUUUUCAAUCGAGUCAGUACAAGUGGCUCGAAAAAGAUUUGCUCACAGUUGACGGCCAAGUGACUCCUUGGUUGGUAGCCGUUUGGCACACACCGUGGUACAGCACAUACAAGGAACAUUACAGAAAUGCAGAGUGUAUGAGAGUGGAAAUGGAAGACUUGCUAUAUGCUUAUGGUGUAGACAUAGUCUUCAGUGGACAAGUCAAUGCCUAUGAGAGGUCAAAUCGAGUAUACAACUAUACCCUCGAUGAAUGCGGCCCAGUUCACAUCAUUAUCGGCGGUGGUGGAAAUCUUGAGGGUGUUGCAGUUGAGUAUGCUGAUGAACCAAAUAACUGUCCAGAACCAUCUACAAAUUUUGGGGGUUCUUGUUCUUUCAAUUUUACAUCAGGCCCUGCAACUGGAAAGUUUUGUUGGGACAGGCAGCCUGAGUAUAGUGCAUAUAGAGAAAGUAGCUUUGGCCUCGGAAUACUAGAGGUAAAAAAUUCGACUCAUGCAUUGUGGAGUUGGCACCGGAAUAAAGAUUAUUACAACAUUGAAAGUGAUAUCAUUUAUAUGGUUAGACAACCAGGUAUUUGCCCACCCGACAGCAGGUAAUUUUCAGUAUGAUCUUCUCAGGAUAAAGUGAUGAAGAUCAGUUCAAAGAAACGAAGAAAAAGGCUUUAAUGGGGCCUAGAUUAAUGAAUAGAAUAAAUUCCUGGUUGCCACCAGCUUCAUAUA